AACAUCGUCCAGCGCCAAACAAAACCCGAAGCUUCGAGUCAGUCUGAAAGGAAAAUUCGUGUGAAAAGGAUCCUCCGUCUCCUUUGUGUGCAUAUUUUUAGCCAGCUACAUUAGUCAAGAGCAUCUCAUAGCUUUUGUCUCUAGCUAAAUCGUAAUAUUCGCAGAAGGAUAUUGAAGGACUCUUGUGCUGUUUUUUCUUCGAUUGUGCAAUUUUCACCUGAUUUUCUUCGCGCGCUUGCCUCGCCAGGGAAAUCAUCUUCCACACCCCUACGUCAAAGAAAGAAAAACUGUGCAAUUUUUUCUUCGUUUACCAUAACAAUCAAAAACUUUGCUAGAAAUCGAUUCCUUUCGGGCUCAAAUCGACUGAGAGUGUGAAAAAUUUACCUGUGAAAAAAGUUUUUCUUUUCUGCUGAGAAAAAGGAAAACUUGCCCCGCGCCAAAUCAAUUUGAACAAAGCGAUUAAACUGACCGUUUGUGUGAUAUAAUAAUUUUGUGCAAACCAUUUUCAAACGGAAAAAAGUGUAAGGUACUCGUAAACGAAAAAAUAUAACAAGUGAAGAAAAACUUCUGUGUGAAAAGCGAAUCUCGAAGCAACGCAAAAAAAGAAGAGCUAGAUCUCUCCCAACUUUUCCUUCGCGUCCGCGCAAAGUUCGCUUAAAUGAGUGAUACAAAUCAGAAAUGUUUCGGCAAAACUGGUGGAUUCUCUAUAAGUUUUAAUCAAGACUAUACAUCGCUUUCUGUGGUAUCUAAUCAAGGGUAUCGUCUGUUUUCCCUAUCAUCCGUUGAUCGAGUCGACGAAAUCUUCUGUAGCCAUGACGAGGAUACAAAAAUCGCCGAGCGGCUGUUUAGUAGCAGCUUGGUCGCGGUCGUUACCGCAAGUGAGCCGCACAAACUUAAGGUGUGUCACUUUAAGAAAGGGACGGAGAUCUGUAACUACAGCUACCCGUCCGAGAUCCUGUCGGUGAAGCUGAACCGAUCGAGGCUGGUCGUAUGCCUAGUGGACAGUAUUUAUAUUCAUAAUAUCCGUGAUAUGAGACUGCUACAUUCCAUCAAGAACAUGUCGAACAAUCCGGCCGGUUUGUGUACGCUGUCGCUUUCGUCGCACCUGGCGUACCCGAUCUCGGAGAGCGCCGGAGAGCUGCAGGUCUUCGACGCCGGCAAUCUGACGUCCCGGUUGAAGAUCAAGGCCCACGAUUCGCCCCUGUCGGCGAUGAACUUCUCCUUCAAUGGGACCCUACUGGCGACCGCCUCGGAAAAGGGCACCGUCAUCCGGGUGUUCUGCGUCAAGAAUGGCCAGAAAGUGCACGAGUUCCGGCGGGGUUUGAAGCGCCACGUUAGCAUUGGAUCGCUGAACUUCAGCAUCUGUGCGAGCUACGUAGUUGCCAGCUCCAAUACGGAAACCGUACAUAUCUUCAGGAUCGAUCCGAAAUCGAUUGAGCAAGCCGAGCGCCGGAAUUGCAUCGAAAAUGGGGCAGUUUCCGGUGGCACCAACAACAAUGACGGAGAGACGGGACCUGGUGCCGGAACCGACGAAGGUCAGGAGGCUGGCGGUUGGGGCAUGAGCUUCAUCGCUAAGGCCGUGACCGCGUACUUCCCGACCAAUGUGGUUACGGAUGUAUUCUCGCAGGAUCGAGCUUACGCCACGGUUCAGCUGGCCGAGGCUGGACUCCGUUACGAGUGUGUGAUUGCCAAGGUCGAGAAGGAGACCCGGCUGCUGCUGGCCUGUGAGGAUGGCUUCCUGUACAUCUACGGGUUCGACGAUUCCAAGGGCGGCGAUUGCAAGCUGAUUCGGGCGCACGAUUUGCGGCUACCAUUGUUCGGAAUCACCGAGGUCGACAUCGGUGGCAACGAGAACGACACCUCGAUCCUGAACGUGCAGAUGACUGCCUCGAUGCUACCGGCACGGGGCACCUAUGCCGGGGUCCUCAAGGGACGUCCCGGAGACAAAAUGUCAGCAGACUCGGACCGCUGCCGGGACCUGUGCGAGGCCGUCGAGUACCCGAUCAAGAACUCCAUCCCGCUGUUUGACGAAAUCCAGUUCCCGCCCGUGACCCCGAUCACCGUCGAAUGACUAGCUGGCGACCUGAAGGCACCCAAGAUCAGCUCAGUUUCCGGUGGUGAUGGAAAGACCAAACGCCAGGCCAAGUAGAGAGAAAAAACCACACAGAUCAUGCUGCACCACACCGCUUCUCCUUUUCCUUCUGAUGAUACGACCUUACAACAUAAAAAAAAACAACACGGAUGGUGACCAUUUUGUGGUCCUCGAUUGUGGACAAGUUUUUAGUGAGUACCCUAAGGUAGAUGAUACAAUGUAUGUGGAGCCCCAUUUAUUUUUUCAAGCAAGGCAUCAAUGUUCGUGAGUUUUAACUACCUUUCAUUUUUUUAGAUCGUGUACAGUUUUAAGACAACAAAAAAGAUAUAUGUAUCUCUCUGUUAUUACUUUUAAGAAAAAUACAAAAAAAAAAUCUUGUCUGUUAAGAUGAUCGGUUGUCUUAUGUCAUAUCCUUUAAGUUAUAAGCAAUUUUUUGUCUUCUGGAAAUAAGUUUAACUUUUGCAUCCGUUGUGUAACACUACAAGUAAAGAGCAGCGUUUUGAUUUACGUUUCUUCUCCAAGAGCAAUGGUUUUCUGAAAACUUCUCGGGCACAAUUAUUUUUAAAAAAUGUUACUCUCUAGAUUGCCGUUUUAGUGAUUUGAAGUUAUAUAGUGUUGAGAAUAAAACAGAAGCAAUAGUAUUCAUGCGGUACAUGUGAGUUAAUAAAUCAUUUGCAAUCUACUUUAUUUAACUGAAAUCCUUUAUGUAUGCACUUAACACAUCUAUUUACGCUAAAUUUUCUAAUAUUUUUUACGCUUCCCACUAUUUUUUUCUUACUUAUACUGCACCGCGCAGGUAGAUGGCAGAAUAAGCAAUGGAACACGCUGAUGGUGGAAUAACUCUUCAGCUACUGCCAUAGAAAAUGAAUAAAAAAAAAUAAUUUAAUAAACAAAUAAAAGAUACAAACACACAUAUUAGUGCUAUGUGAAAAACCUUAAAAAAUGAUACCAAAAACAAUACAAAAAUGUCCUGUAAAAAUCUUCAAAAAAUACUCAUUGUUAAGUUAAUUUUAAGUUUCUGCAAAUGUAAAGUAAACAGAGAGAUGAUUUUAAAAAAUAUAUAUUUUCUUAUUUAUUAUUUAACACAAGUUGUAAAUAUUAUUUCCUCAAUAAUAACACCAUCUGGAGAUCGAAAUUCUGCAAAGAUUUUCUGUAAUGCAACAAAUCCCACAGAACGAAAAGUAAAAACAGCACAAGUUGAAUCCGAAAUUUUAACCUUCAUUGUUGAAGCUAUGUGAUCCAAGCACUUCAUAAAGCUACUAAAACUUCAACCAUAGAAAUAACGAACAGUUUCGAUAUUGGACAUUACCCAAACCUGAUUUAGCUUCGCUUCCCUCAAUGUUUAUUCGCUCUCACUAUUUUCCACGGACAACAAAAACAUAGACACUGAGGAACAAAAUAUAAAAUACAACAGAAAUCGUAGCCGAAUUUUCCCAUCUUAAAUAUCUCUUCUAGAAGAAUCUGUUUACAAGUGAUAGCGAAAUUCUUUAACAUGCGAUUGUAAAAUAUUGCAAUUUUAAGUAGAGUCCAUCAUCAUUGAACUUCUUCUGCCAUACCGCCACCCGAAAAAAAAUCAUUCACGCAGAAAUGCACGGUUGAUAAGAACACAUUCAAACACAUACUGGGCAUGCAGAGGUGAAAAUCCUUCUUCAAAGUAUUUCCUCUACACACAAACGACACACAAACACAAGCUUUUUUGUUUGACGGUGGAAAUUCCCCGAGUAAAAUAAUAGAUAAAUUCAAAAAACAAAAAAAGUACCGACACAGAACCACGAAUCAAACCAUGAUUGGGGAGCCGCCCCAGUUGGAGAUCUAUCUUAAGGGAUGCCCCUCCCCGCAGAAAUCAGACGAUGGUAAUAAGGAUGCAAAAUAAAGAUAAACAAAAUACAAUUCACGUAAGACACAAUCGUACAAUCGAGAGUUGAUUGAUGAGGAUCGGCAAUCGGCAAAGUGGUUUUAAGUAAAUAAGUAUACACCAAACAUUGGGAGGACAAAUUUCGUUUCGGCAGUUAAAAUUGUCAUUAUCACGAAUAUGGUAAUUAGAAACUUUCAGAAUACCAACUAUGGCUAAAAUAACAAGAGGAAAAAAAAUGUUACACAACAAAUAAGAGCGUACAGUAAGUAAGGUCACACAAUUGUUUCGACGUGUAGAAAAAACAGAACGCAUGUAUUUUUCAAAGUUUCCGGUGAAAAACAAAAACUGUCUAUAAAUUGAAGAGAAAUGAAAUAAACAAAAAAAAAACUAUUAAAAUUAAAUUCGUAUACCUGAUGAUCAGCAAAAAAAA